AUGGAGGUCACCCACACCUAUGCGGGCUUAUCUUUCACCCAAACCAAGUAUAUCCUGGAUUUGCUCCGUCGCACCAAUAUGCAUGAGUCCAAGCCCGUCUCCUCCCCGACUAUAAGUGGUCAUCGCCUCAGUUUACAUGACGAAGAACCUCUGGCUGAUUGCAUCGAAUAUCGUAGCAUCGUUGGUGCUCUCCAAUAUCUCACUCUCACCCAUCCUCACACUGCUUUUGUGGUCAACCAAGACUGCCAGUUCAUGCACUGCACAAGCCCACUUCGACUCAUUGGGUUGGGUGCCCUCACUAUUACUGCAUACUCUGACGCCGAUUAUGCUUGGGAUCCCAAUGACCGCCGCUCCACUAGCGGUUAUUGUCUCUAUCUUGGUUUUAGCUUGGUCUCUUGGAGUUCUAAGAACCAAGGAGGGGGCUCUUGUACAGAGGCCGAAUACUGUCAGUUGGCCUACAUUGCUGCCACCCUCCCUUGGUUUCGUUCACUUUUUUGUGAACUUCAGCUCACUUUGGCUUGUCCUAAACAAUGGUGUGACAACAUUAGUGCCAUAUUUUUGGCAUCUAAUCAUGUCUUUCACGCUCGCACUCUUCAUGUUGAGGUAGACUAUCACUAUGUUCAUGAAAAAGUUGUUUGCCAAGAGUUGGAGGUCGGCUACCUUUUCACUCAUGAUCAGAUUGCCGACAUUUUCACCAAGGGUCUCUCCUCUCAUCGGUUUCAGCUGCUGGUUGACAAGCUGCAUGUUCGUUGCCGCCCUGUCAGCUUUUUUGGGGGGGGUGGGGGAGGGGGUGAAGGAGAAACCCAAUCGAAGACAAACACUUAG